GGCAAAUAAAUUGUUCUAUGGCCGCCCCCGCCGUCUUGCGUCCACCCCAGUCAUCAAACCCAUCACUAAACGCUCGGACCGUUUACCAUCCCCGCGGGCAUUGAAACUUUGAUAAAAGCUUGGUCCUCGCUUCGAUCGAGCUUCCGAAUUGCGCGUAGCUCGCUGCGCGCCGCCAAUAGCAAAGCUCUGCCCGGCACCUCAAUGUUUACAGACUUAAUCGGUUUAUUGCCGUAUUUUAUUGUUUUAUCGACGCUUCGACGAUGCCGUCGACGCCUCUAAACAUCCACUAGUCGUUCCGAUGAUGCGUAAACACCGUAACGGGCCAUAAUGUUUAGGUCCAUCGUGCUGGUGCUGGUGGCGGUUACGAUUUUGGCGGCGGUCGCCAGCGGUAAAGACCAAUGCAAACGAACUGAGUUCAAAUGCCAUGAUGGACAAUGCAUUGCUGGGAAUCGACAGUGCAACGGGUUCCAGGACUGUGCGGACGGAAGUGACGAGAUCCCGGGAUGUACGCCUUGUAAUACGACCUACUUCGGUGAAAUUGGCCGAACCUACGAACUGGAAGUGAAAAGGCCUACCGAAAAUCAGAUGCCCUUUUUAUGUUAUCUCAAUUUCACGGCCGGUGGAGGCAUACUUGGUGAACUCGUGCAGCUAAGUUUUGAGUCCUUCGCUGUGGGAACUUUUGAAUCGUUUACCACUGAAGGAUGUCCCGACGGAUUUAUAUCAAUUAAAGAAGGAAAUCGGCCAACUUCAGGUGGAAAAUGGUGUGGAAGUGCUUGGGGUUACACAGUAUACUACAGUGAAACUCCUAGUGUCAAUCUGACUUUACAACUCAACCGAUUUCCUCAACAGCAGAGUUCAGGAUACUCCUUCGAGUUCAAACUAUCGUACAAAUUUCUUAAGCUAAGUGACGCGCGUAUUCGUUAUGGCAACGCAACACAGCGUUCCUAUCGUGGCAAACUGAGCACAGGGACGUAUUGCGACCGUUUAUUAGAAGGCUGUUCACGUCGCCCUUGUCGCAUCCAAUCUCCUAAUUAUCCAGGGAUUUACCCUAGAAAUGUCAGUUGUCAUUACCGAGUCAGGGAACGCAACGUUCCAAAUGGAAAACAUGCUCUUAUCGCAGUCAGACAAGCGAAUUUUCACUACAAGGAGCAUUUGCCCAAGUUCGAUAACAGCGACAGAGUUUUGCGAAUAUGGGAUCAGUGUAACAUGAUGCAAGACUAUGUUGAGAUUUUGGACGGGUGGGGACCAUCAGCUACAACACUAGCACACUUAUGUAGCGGUGAAACUGUGCCGGAAAUUAUCAGCAGCGGCCCGGAACUUCUAGUCAAGUUUCAUACUUCACCCUUCGGAAAUCCCUUCCACCCACUACCGUUGUCGUAUUUACCGGGAUUCGAACUGGAGAUUGAAGUUUUCUAUGUAAACAAAGAGUCUCCUACCUACAUUGAACAUGGGAAAAAAUGUGAAUUCCUCGUCACAACAUUUGACAAUACUUCUGGCCUUCUUGAAAGUCCUCUACACUCCCUUCCUCCGAACACAACUUGCCAUUAUCACUUUCGAGGACACCCUAAAGAAAUAAUUUGGAUUAGCUUCAUCAAGUACCAUGUGACCAAUGAACGUCUGACAGACUUUAACACGGGCGAAUGCGAUGUUCAGCUUCAGAUUUGGGAUGGCGACAUUAAAUCUGUUAAUACAGUUCCACUGAUAGGGCAAUUUUGCAAAGACGAUAAACCAAAGCUUUGCGAUCACUCCCUUCUCAAAAACUCUUCAAGACUCACACGACCUUGUGGUUUAAGUGAAAGCUACGUGUCGUCAGGCUCCGACUUAACAAUUGCUCAUUCAAUUAGAUAUGGAAGCGUGUUAUAUCCCGUGAGUUUUGUUUUGAGAUAUGAGUUUGUAGAUUUAACGCAAGAGGGCAUCCAAAUUUCGAGAAAUCCUUGUGACCGAAUGUUUAAAGAAACUUCAGGAAGGUUAUUUUCGCCAAAAAUUACUUUCUUGUUUGGAAGAGGAGGACAGAAAGACUUGACGUGCACCUACCACUUUGAAUCAGACGAGCAGCAAAGGCUAAAAAUUACAUUUUUAAAAGCAAGUUUCGGAGAUAAGGAAUGUGGAUCAGUUUACAACCCAGAAAUAGGGAGAUGGGUAUGUGAAGUAAAAUCUUUUGGGAAUGGCUUCGCUAAUUUGAAAAUAUACGAAUAUCCGUGGACAGGAGUGGAAAUCUUGAGAGACUGUCUUUGCAGUAAUUUCAGUGAAACUUUAACUCUUGUGACGAAAACUGCGAGAAAAGUUGUUAUAAAAUUUUCGGUUACUGGUAUGAAAAUUACUGAUGAUUAUAAGAAUUACUUUUUUGAGGCAAAUUAUGAAUUUAUUCCCAGUCAUGUAGAAGGAAACUGUUUGAAUCCUUGGAAAAGUCGAAGACUUAAAGGCUCUAGUGGCGAGAUUUCAGUGCGAAACAAUGCACAAACUUUAAAACAGAAUGAGCACAGUUACCAACAAAACCAAUCAAAUGCUUACUGUUUACAUCAACCGUGGCUUAUUGAACCUGAAGACUCUCUUAGUAAUUUUAUUUACUUAAAAAUCAAAGGUGUUAACAAGAGGGAUUCUAGGUUAUGUCCAAGUAAAAAUCGAAUUCUUGUGUAUCCAGCAGGAAAAACCGAGGAUGUCCGAAUUAUUUGUCCUUACUAUGAAAGCAUAGACGAUGUAGUUGAGAUGUUCUCAGAGGGAUGGAAUCUCUUCUCAUACCGAAAAAUCCAAAAUAAGAACUCUAGAAGUUUCAUUAUUGAAUUCCUACAAAGAGAAGUAGGAAAUUUUGCAGUGACGUGGAUGGAAGUGUCAAAAAAUCCGGCGUUGACUUUACCAAGCACUCUACUAAUGAUCAAUCCUCCGGACUGUCCUCACAGUUGUCCGGAGCUAGGAGCUUGCAUCAGCUCAGAUCUCUGGUGUGACGGCUUACGCCAUUGUCCUUCAGGUAACGACGAACAAGAGUCCAAUUGUUCGAUUCACGCUGGAUUUCCUAUAUCAUAUCUGAAUUCUGUGGCCCUGUGUGCUAUAGCUCUAGUAGUGAUAACUACUGUUAUUAUUGUAAGUUUCUAUUUCUUCAAACAUUGGAGACGUGAACAAAAGAAUGUUAUUGUAUCAGUAACUGAACAUACUUUCCUAGAAUUUAAGAGUGGUUUGUGUUAAAUGGGAAGAGUUAAUACUUCAUCGACUGACAAUAUAUCUGUUGUAAUAAAUGUAAUAUAAAGUUUUUAUGGUGAAUAAAAUCGAUAAACUUGA